UUGACAGUUGUUACUGCUUUGGCCUACGCGAGAACACGUGUGUUUUGAAAGUGUUGAGUAAUUUCUUCCUAAUUUCUGUUGUAUUUAUCGGUAGUUAGUUGAUCAAAUUCAUCACAAUGGAGUCCGAUCAGGAGGAUGAGGUGCCGAACGUUAAUUUUGUUCCAAGUCUGCUGUUUGUGAAGCGAGGCGUUGCAAAAUCAAAUCCUGAUAAGGUAACUUUGACGCCGGAAGAACUGGCAAGGAUUAUUAAUAAUACCAGAGAUGAUUUGGAAGAGGAAGGUGGUGAUGGGAUGGACACUUCGGAAGAUGAAGAAAAUGAGGACAGCGCUGCCAGGUUAGCUGGUCGGGCUCGCGAUACAGCUGGUGCUGCGGGGAGCGGAACGUCCGCUGGUGACGAAUUUGGUUUUGAACGAUACGAACAGGAAUCUGGUGAACCCGUAGUUAGACUAAGUUCGGUAGCCAUUGUAGAUCCAGCAGAGAACAUCCAGGACGAGGAUGACUCCGAAGCGGAAGACGAAAUCAUCAAACCGUCGGAUAAUCUAAUUUUGGUUGGGCACGUUCAAAAUGACAGUGCUUCCAUGGAAGUGUACAUUUUCAACGAUGAAGAAGGAAGCUUGUACGUUCAUCACGAUUUUCUGCUUCCCAGUCCACCGCUUUGCAUUGAAUGGCUUAGCUUUGAUCCGGGGAGUGAAAAAUCGGGAAACAUUUGUGCUAUUGGUUGCAUGGAUCCGGUUGUUACCCUGUGGGACUUGGACAUUCAGGAUUCGUUGGAACCGGUUUGCAAAUUAGGAUCGAAAGGCAGCCGUAAAAAGAACAAACCAAAACUUGGUCACACUGAUGCUGUGUUGGAUCUUUCCUGGAACCGUCACCUAGAACACAUUUUAGCCAGCGGCUCGGUAGAUCAAUCGGUUAUCUUGUGGGACAUUGAGAACGGAACGCCGCAUACUACGAUUCGUGACUUUGAGGAGAAAGUGCAAACACUUUCAUUCCAUCCAACCAAACCGGAAGCGCUGCUGGUGGGAAGUUGCGACGGUAAAGUGAAGGUUUUCGAUUGCCGUUCCACGACCGAGGAGAGCAGCAGUUUCAAAUCUUGGGACCUGGGUGGUGAAGUUGAACGCGUCUGCUGGAGUUCCCACAACGAUCAUCACUUCGUGGCCAGCACCAACCAGGGUCGGGUUCACUACAUUGAUGUGCGAAACAAUCAUCCGCUGUGGUCCAAGGAGUUGCACGAAAAGGAAAUCACCGGAUUGGUGCUGAGUACGAUGGUGAAGGGCAUGUUGUCGACUGCAUCGGCGGACGGGACGCUGAAAGUUUGGGACAUUGACGAUGACGAUGCACGGCUGAUUUAUAAGAAAAAUCCUAAAAUGGGGGUCAUCCAGUGUUUGGAGGCUUGUCCGGAAAAUCCAUUUAUGUUGGCGCUCGGUGGGGAUUUGAAGACGAAGAACUUUGCAGUUAUCAAUCUGUUGGAUAAUGAUGGUGUAACCGAUGUAUUUAAAUCACGGUUUGAUCCAAACUACAUCCCGGUGGCCACAGAAGGAGACUUGAAUAUGGCAACGGAAGCGAUGGAAGACGCUACGAUUGAUGACAGUGAUGAAGAUGAUUGAUUCCAUGGUAUUUACUCUAGUGUUGGGUAUUUGCUAUAUUGGAAAUAGAAAUACAUGAUUGUUGUAAAAUAUCGAAAA